AUGCCCUCAACCACCUUCUCCCCCGAUUCGUUGCCCGAUCUGACCGGUCGAAUCUACCUCGUCACUGGUGGUAACGCGGGAAUCGGCAAGUCAACAGUUGUUGCUCUCGCCUCCCGUGGUGCCAAGGUAUACAUGGGUGCUCGCAGUGAAGCCAAGGCUACAGCCACCAUCACAGAGAUCAAAGCGCAACUUCCUUCAGCACAAAUUCUCUUCCUUCCUCUCGACCUAUCCAGCUUCAAGAGUGUGAUCUCUGCCGCAAAGAAGCUUUCUGACGACGAGUCAUCGCUUCAUGGCGUUAUCAACAACGCUGGUAUUAUGGGUGUGCCCUUUGCUCUGACCGAAGAUGGAUAUGAGAUCCAAUUCCAGACCAACUACCUCUCUCACUGGCUCCUCACCUUCCAUCUUCUGCCUCUCCUCCAGUCCACCGCCGCCAACUCUCCUAAAGAUAUGGUGCGAAUCGUCAAUGUCACUUCUGAUGGACACGCGAGAUUCCCUCCAAAGGGUGGCAUCAAUUUCGGAAAUACCUCGCUUGAAAAGGAAUCAGCCAUGACCCGGUAUGGUCAAAGCAAGCUUGCCAACAUUCUCCACGCCAAGCAACUGCAUGCUAUUUAUGGUCCUACCCAGAAAGGAGACGGUGCUGGCCAGGGCGGCAUCUGCACAGCAGCAGUUCACCCUGGUCAUAUCGACACAAACCUCAACAAACAAGCGACUGGUGCCGCACCUGGCUCCGUCCUGCGCGCCAUCACUCCGGUCAUGCGCUGUCUGGGCAUCUUGGAUGAUCAGGAGAAGGGUGCUUGGUCUUCUCUCUUUGCAGUGGCGAGCCCGCAAUUCGGAUCCAAAGACUCUGGGGCUUACAUCGUCCCAUAUGCAAAGAUUGGAACGCCAAGUCCGCUCGCUCAGAACACUGAACUGGCUAAGCAACUGUGGGACUGGACUAAGAACGAACUUGGCAGCAAGGGAUUUCUGGAACUUCAAUGA